UUUUAGUUCUAGCUGAACAUAAAGUAAUGGCUUUUGUGCAACGUCGAAAGGGUCCUGAUGUAGUGGGAUCGUUCGGAUUGUUACAACCUCUAGCAGAUGGUUUGAAAUUGAUUCUAAAAGAACCUAUUUCACCAAGUAGUGCUAAUUUCUCCCUUUUUAGAAUGGCUCCAGUGGCUACAUUUAUGUUAAGUCUGGUUGCUUGGGCCGUUGUACCUUUUGAUUAUGGUAUGGUAUUGUCAGAUCCGAACAUAGGACUACUUUAUUUGUUUGCCAUACCUUCGCUAGGUGUUUAUGGAAUAAUUAUAGCAGGCUGGUCUAGUAAGACGGGGGGCGGCCAUUCGGUCGCCUAUGAUAUACGGACCAAUUGGUCAAAAAUGGGUUUGUGCCGCAGGUGUUGAACGAUCUACUCUACA